GGACCAACCUUGGGAAAUGCUUAUUGGAGCAAAAACUCCUCUGAUUUUGGAGCAUCGUUAGUGUUCUCUUCCCAUAUUGUUAAACGAUUUCGUUUAGUUGAAGAAAAAGCUUCUGGUGGCUAAACUCUCUCUGCUCAACCUAAGAGAUGAAAAUAGUGAAGGCAAAUGCAGGAGCACUUACCAAUUUCGAAGUGCUUGACUUCCUAAACUCAAGAGGUGCAUCAAAAGAUACUACAAGAGUUAUUGCUCCAAUUGCUAGAUCAGAAUACAAGGUCUAUGAUUAUUUGGUGGAGACUGCUGCUUCUACUCAAACGCGAGAGAGCGUUACCAAAUUCGCAGACAAGUGCAAAGAUUUCAAAGUCGCCAAAGCUGAGAUUCUCAAUAUCAUCAAUCUCCGGCCUUCUUCUAUUGUGGAAUUGUUACCGAUCAUAGAGACACCGGACACAGAUGGGAUAUUAAAGCUUGUGAAGGAUUUGUUACCGCCUCUGCCAACAACUGAAACACAUGAAGAUGAUGCCGAAGAAGAAACAGACAACGGUGAACAGUUGUGACUUGCAAAUGAAGUUUUUGAGUUGUU